AUGGGUGUUAAUGUGGUUUGUUACUCCAUUGAUCCUGCCUGGAUCCCAUAUCCUGAAGUUCUGACAAGCAUCACCAUCACCAUCAGCCCAGUGGCCUCCCACAUUAUAACUCUACUGUACUAUCGACUGGAGUUUCUGUUAUUCGCUAAGCCUGUUGAGCAAAAUACCCUAGUGUGUCCUGGCACUGAUAACAAGCUCAGCACGCUGUCAGAUUUGGACGAACAGUACAAAACUCUUCGCAAGUUCUACGAGAACUGUGAGGUGGUCAUGGGUAAUCUGGAGAUCACCAGUAUUGAAAGAAACCGCAAUCUGUCUUUUCUUAAGUCCAUCCGUGAGGUGACGGGUUACGUGUUGGUGGCUCUGAAUCAGUUCGACUAUCUUCCUCUGGAGAACCUGCGGAUCAUCCGAGGAACUAAACUGUAUGAAGGACGAUACGCCCUGUCCAUCUUUCUCAACUACAGACGAGAUGGAUUCUUCGGCCUCAGACAACUCGGCCUCAAGAACCUGACAGAAAUCCUGAAUGGAGGUGUGUAUGUGGAUCAGAACAAGUUAUUGUGUCACGCUGACACCAUCCACUGGAACGACAUCAUCAAGAACCUACGUUCUGAACUUCUGGUGGUUCCUUCCAACAACAGUGGCAACUUAUGCAGACGAUGUCACAGAUCUUGUAAUGGACGCUGCUGGGGUCACCAGGAAGACCAGUGCCAAAGCUUGACAAAGACGGUGUGUGCAGAGCAGUGUGAUGGACGCUGUUUUGGUCCGUACGUCAGUAACUGCUGUCACCGUGAAUGUGCAGGAGGAUGUUUCGGACCUAAAGACACAGACUGCUUUGCUUGUACCAACUUUAAUGACAGCGGGGCCUGUGUGACACAAUGUCCUCAACCAUUCGUCUACAAUCCAACAACCUUCCAGCUCGAGCACAAUCCCAACGCCAAAUACACAUAUGGAGCUUUCUGUGUCAAGAAAUGCCCACAUAACUUUGUGGUGGAUCACAGUUCUUGUGUCAGAGCCUGUCCGAGCAACAAGAUGGAGGUGGAGGAAAAUCACAUCAAGAUGUGCAUCCCAUGCACUGACAUCUGUCCUAAAGUGUGUGAUGGUAUAGGUACUGGCAGUCUUCAAACGGCUCAAACUGUAGAUUCCAGCAACAUUGAGAAGUUUGUCAAUUGCACCAAAAUCAAUGGGAACCUCAUCUUCCUCAUCACAGGCAUUAAAGGGGACAUGUUUCAUGGCAUAAAAGCUCUGGACCCUGAUCGGCUAAAUGUAUUCCGCACAGUCAGAGAGAUCACAGGUUUCUUGAACAUUCAGUCUUGGCCGGAAAACAUGACAGAUCUUGGCGUUUUCUCGAACCUUGCCACCAUUGGAGGACGCUCUCUUUAUAGUGGUAUUUCUCUGCUGAUCCUGAAGCAGCGCUGGAUCUCUUCGCUCAAGUUCCAGUCUCUGAAAGAGAUCAGCGCUGGUAACGUCUACAUGACCAACAACAGCCAGCUCUGCUUCUACAGCACGGUGAACUGGACCAGUCUGUUCCGCACCAGCACCCAGAGAGCUCUGAUCAAGAACAACAGGGACCCCAGAGAGUGUACUAAAGAGCAGAUGGUUUGUGAUCCGUUGUGUUCGGAGGAAGGAUGCUGGGGUCCCGGUCCAGACCAAUGUCUCUCGUGCAAAUACUUCAGCCGAGGAAAGACAUGUGUCAAGUCCUGUAACUUAUAUUAUGGGGAUGUUCGAGAGUACACCAAUGGCUCAGUUUGUGUUGAGUGUGACAGCCAGUGUGAAAAAGCUGGAGAGAAAAGUUUGACGUGCCAUGGUCCGGGUCCAGAUCACUGUGUGAAGUGCUUGCAUCUCAAAGAUGGUCCCAACUGUGUGGAGAAAUGCCCUGAUGGUCUGCAGGGAGCAAACAGCUUCAUCUUCAAAUAUGCUGAGACCAACAACGAGUGCCAUCCCUGCCACCCCAACUGCACCCAGGGUUGUACUGGUCCCAGAGUACAAGAUUGCAUUGGCAUGUUGGACAGGACUCCUCUGAUUGCAGCUGGGUUAAUUGGGAGUCUCUUUGUGAUGGUGAUCAUAGCUCUGGGUGUGGCCGUUUACAUCCGUCGAAAGAGCAUUAAGAAAAAGAGAGCUUUACGUCGUUUCCUGGAGACUGAGUUGGUGGAGCCGUUGACACCCAGUGGUACAGCACCAAACCAAGCUCUGCUGCGAAUACUGAAGGAAACUGAGCUCAAGAGAGUCAAGAUUCUGGGAACUGGAGCCUUUGGCAUGGUCUAUAAGGGAAUCUGGGUUCCAGAAGGAGAAACUGUGAAGAUUCCUGUCGCUAUAAAGAUACUCAAUGAAAGUACAGGACCUAAAGCCAAUGUGGAGUUUAUGGAUGAGGCACUGAUCAUGGCCAGUGUGGAUCAUCCUCAUCUAGUGCGUCUUUUGGGAGUCUGCUUUAGUCCCACUAUUCAGCUGGUAACUCAGCUGAUGCCCCACGGCUGCCUGCUGGACUACGUACAUGAACACCAGGAGAACAUCGGCUCCCAGCUGCUGCUCAACUGGUGUGUGCAGAUCGCAAAGGGUAUGAUGUAUCUGGAGGAGAGGCGUCUGGUGCACAGGGACCUCGCGGCUCGUAAUGUCCUGGUGAAAUCUCCAAACCACAUCAAGAUCACUGAUUUUGGACUUGCUCGACUUCUGGAUGCUGAUGAAAAAGAGUAUAAUUCAGAUGGAGGGAAGAUGCCCAUCAAGUGGAUGGCCCUGGAGUGCAUUCAUUACAGAAAGUUCACACAUCAGAGUGAUAUAUGGAGUUAUGGAGUAACAAUCUGGGAGCUGAUGACGUUUGGGGGAAAGCCCUACGAUGGGAUUCCCACACGUGAUAUUCCAGACAUCUUGGAGAAGGGCGAGCGUUUGCCCCAGCCGCCCAUCUGCACCAUAGACGUCUACAUGGUGAUGGUCAAAUGCUGGAUGAUUGAUGCUGAUAGUCGGCCUCGGUUUAAAGAACUCGCUGCAGAGUUCAGCCGCAUGGCACGAGACCCUCAGAGAUACCUCGUCAUACAGGGGGACGAUCGCAUGAAGCUGCCCAGCCCCAACCACAGUAAGUUCUUCCAGAGUCUUCUAGAUGAGGAGGAGCUGGAUGACCUGAUGGAUGCUGAGGAGUACUUGGUUCCUCAGACCUUCAAUAUCGCUACCUCUUCUUACACAUCAAGACCACCAAUGGAUACCAGUAAGCCCCAGCUGAAGUGUCGUGAAAGAGUUUUUAGCCCAGAAGACGGGAUUGGAGCUUGUUCUCAUGAUACUGCUGGUACAGCGAGUGGCAUCUUCAUUCCUAUAAGCACACAAGGUGCAGGUCUCGAUGCCCUUGAGGAACAACACUGUAACGGGAGCUUGAAAAAACAGCCCAUGUCCGCUGGAGACGACUGCGAUGGCCAGCGCUACAGCGCAGACCCAACUGUCUUUUUCGGAGAAAGGACUCCGAAGGCCACUGGUGAAGAUGGUUACAUGAGUCCUAUGAACAAAUCAGCCUCAGUCCAUCUUAGUCCCGUCGAGGAGAAUCCUUUUGUAAACCAGCGGAAAAAUGGAAAUAUCACUGCACUGGACAACCCUGGUUACCACAGCACCCCUGACAGGAAACCCAAGGGUGAGGAUGAGUACAUCAAUGAACCCCUUUACCUCAACACAUACAACAACACUAGUGGGACGAACCAGGAGAUUAUGAGGAAAAAUGGAGCUUCCGUCCCGCCACAGAUGACAACAGCAGCCAACACCGCAAGUAGCCACGUUAUCCUCUCAACACAAACUGGGAAAGCCCACCACCAUGGCCAGGGAACACAUGUUCAUUUCGCCGUUCCACCUGUUCAGCCUCCCCAGACAAGAUCAAUGAGCCAAAAUGACCAGCAUUCCCAGUCACCACACGGUGCAGAUUCUAAUUCCUCCAGCAUGUCUGGCAAUCCCUCCUUAUUAACCCAAAUCUCCUUCGUCAGCCAACAGAUCCAACCUGCUCUGACGAAUCAGUCGGGCCCUUCAACUCAUCCGGCUCAAGUGGCGAAAUCUGCAGUCACUAGUAAAAGUAUAUCCGGCCUUCCCGGCCACCUUGUCUAUCCAGGUAACAUGCUUCAAACGGGUCAUUCUGGGACCGUAAUGGUUGACAGGAAGUCAAAGAAGAAUUUUGAUAAUCCUGACUACUGGCAGCAUAGUCUACCGCCCAAGGUGACCCAACCAAAUCCUCAAGAUCCAACUCAAGUGUGCAAAAGCAAACAUCUCUACAGGCACAGCAUCCGAAGUCGCAUCACCGUGGCUGACAACCCUGAGUAUCUUUCCGAGUUUAACAGGAGGCCGGUAACGGUUCUUCCACCUCCACCUUACCGGCACAGGAAUACGGUAGUGUAACCCCCGCGGUUUUAGAGAGCCAGAUUCUUUUACCAGCACCAUAUGCUAAAUUGGAAUUACUGAGGAACAGGAAAGCUCCCAGCUUUAGGAAUUACUGAAGGAGACUUGUCAGACUUUAAAGGGAAAACCGAUUAACCAAAGUGCCUCUAAACUAUUCCAAAAGCUAUUCCAUCUUUUCUAUUCCAACAAAUCCGAAUUUAAUCAGAUCUACUGUACAUCCUUUAAAGGGGAAGUGUAAACCAAAAAUGGACAUUCUGUCAUCAUUUAUUCUCCCUCAUGUCACUCCAAACCUAAAAUACUUUCAAACACAAAUAAAGAUACUGUAUUUUUUUAAUGAAGCCUGAGUGAUUUAUGUCCCUCCACUGAAAAGCUAACAAACAAAGUCAAAUUUAUUCAGUUUUUCUUAAACCAUAUAUUUGUGGUUUGUAAAAACCUUACAUUUUGAUUCAAUAUUAAUGAAAAAUUUGACCAAAGUCCAAAAAUUUACAUUCGUAUCAAGUAAAAGGUCUUUACAUAAAUGAUAGUUAUUUUUAUUUAUUUUUUUUUUUUCACUUUUUUUGUGUUCAACAAAACUUUCAAAACAUUCAUAAAGAUAUCGUAAAAUAAAUACAUAUGAAUCGCUUGUUCUCUUGUGUCAAGCAAGUACGGUUGAGCAUACAUUUACCAUAGUUGAUAGCUGAGCUCUAUAUAGUAUGUAAAUUGAUCAGUGUUUAUGAAUAAAUGCCUAAAUUAAAUCAUAACAUUUAAGCAAUCAUGUAUCUGCAGAAAAUUUAGAUGAAACUUCUUUAUAUUCAUUUCUCUUACAAUAUCUUUAAGUUUAGGUGAUGGGACAGAAAUAUCUUAGAUAUCUUUUAAAAUAUCAAAAUAACAAUAUAUUUAGUGUUUCAAAUAUAACGUCUUAUGUGCUUUCAUGGGUUAAAUGAUGAAAGAAUAUUCAUUUUUGUGCGAACUAACCCUUUAAUUCUCACUUCUGACUGAUUCUUGCAACGUAACAUUGUGGACACUGGAUAUGGAAUUUAAAGAGAAACAAGAAAUCACACUUUCUCAUGUUUUUUUAUUAUUAUUUUUAAAGGAAAUGUACUUUACUAUUGUUUCUUUGUGGUUUAGAUCAGCUGUCUUUUUGACCACUUUCCAUCCAUCUUGUAUUGUUGCUGUUGAUGCCGUAAGCUAUAUUCUCUUCCAUUUUCUUGACUGAAGGACACAGAUGCAUUGUGAAUCUAGGAUCGCCCUCAAGAAAACCGGGGUACCGUAACUCUUAUGUGAAUGAGACUAUGAUGUGGAUUGUAAAUUGGUGCAUCUUCUUGUACUGUAGUGGAUUUAUUCAUGGACUAUACUGCUAUUUUGCUAUUUUCAGUCAUUCAGUUCUUCUUCGUGUUAAAGAUCUUACCAAUUUCCCCCCAGUUUUGUACUCGUAUAUAGGAAUUAUUAACAAAUCUGAUACACAGGCAGAGAAAGAGCACAUGGGCAGCCAUACAGCUUCUUGAGCUAAUGGGAAAUAAGUGCCUUUCUCAAUGGCACAAAAGCAUCGGUGGACGUGUCAAUGGAGUGAUUUGACCUGGAAUCUUUAACUGCUGUAAAUAUAUGUGAAACCAAUUUGGAUAUUUACUACUACUGAGCCACCCAUGUGCAAAUAGACUCACUCAGAGCCGGGAACCAUGUAUUGAAAAUAUGUUGUUGUAUUUAAUUCAUCUAGUAAUGAAUUUAACGGCAAGAUCCAUACAUUCUGGAAGGCAAUAUUACAGGUGAUGGAGGGCACAAUACAAACUCAAACUACUGAUCUCCAAUGGAGAAUUUUACAAUGUACUGUGACAGAAAAUACUUUUGUCGGAAAUGUAUCCUGCUCUCAGUGAGAGUGUGACUGUAUUGUGGCCAGGGAGAAACUGUUCAUAUGUUUUAUAAACUGUAAUGGGCUUUUGUCAUUAAUUAUGUCAGAGUGUCAUAGCAGAUAAGAAGUUGUGACUGUGCAAAUCUAGUCCUAAACAUACCAUGCUGAAAUUAUGAAACUUUGAUUUGCUUUCGACUGAACUGCCAUGAGAGAUGUAGCUAGAUUUGUUUGGCUUUUCUGUUUUAAUCUAUUCUUUGCCUUGUACUGUUGUUUGUUUUGGGGCUAUUCCAAAAGAUGCAUCUCAUCCCUGUUGUAAUUCUGUUUGAUGGAAUGACACAAUAAAGGUCUUGUUUGAGAUUUUG